UUUUGGAAUUUUAUCCAAUCCCAUUCCCAAAUAUUUCUCUCUCCUCUCUCACAGUCAUCCACUUCAAACAAUUACAUCAGCCCACCCUUUUCUCGCUCCGACACUCUCAGUUCGGACUUCGGAACGUUCCCUGAACCCUCUCUCUCACUUCAGUUUUUCACUCUUAAAAAGUCUCAACUCCAACGGCUCUCUCCACUGCCCAGCUUUUCCUGGGCGAGAUUCCUUAUGAAGCACUCAGAUCAGUUGCAGAUUUCGCCUGCGAUUCUACUAGGGUUCUUCCGACUCUGAACUUAGGGUUUCUGUUUUCGUUUAUACUGUAAUUUGUUUCUUCAUUUCAAUGGCUUCUGAAACCCUAGAAGAUAAGAAGCCAGACGAAGACGUGCCCGACGAAGAGAAAGCAGUUGUUGCAGAAGGGGACGAAGAGAAAGGAGUUUCUAAGACGGUCGACGAAGACUUGCUGGCCGAAGAGAAAGCAGUUGCUGCAGAAGGGGACGAAGAGAAAGGAAAUUCUGAGACAGUCGAGAAGGAUGUUUCCGAAGAGGAGAAAGUGAAAGAAGUAGAAGCGGAACAAGAGGAUGUGGGCGAAGAGAAGCAGGCGGAUGAGGAAGAAAAACCAACCGAGAAGGUCAAAGCAAGUAGAAAGCGCAGCUCGAAGAAAGGUGGUGGUGAGGAGUUGAAGAAAUUGGGGGAAGAAUCAACUCAGAAGCAGCCAAGAAAGAGGAAUUCGAUCUCUAAGGAACCGGUGACACCCGUGGACAGACCUGCUCGAGAGAGGAAAUCCGUUGAACGUUACUCCGCAUUGUCCUCUGAAAAGGUUUCCGCAACUAAGGGGUUGUCAAUUGAGAAGGGUCGUGGUACUCAGCUUAAAGAUAUUCCCAACGGCUUUGCUGGAGGAAAUUUCUCAUGUUUUAUGUCUUCGCUCCUUGUUUUGCACAAUAUAUUGUACGUCUGGAUUCUCUAUAUAGGUAUAAUGUGAUGAAAAAAAAAAUGU